GAGACCUAGUGGAGAGAAAUUUGAGCCAGGGGUCAAGACAGACGCAGAAACAGCUGUGGUCACAGGCGCGCUGAGUGAGCGUGCACCAUGAGCAACAAAUACGAUGUUAUCGUGGUGGGCGGAGGAAUCUCAGGUAUGGCAGCAGCCAAGUUGCUUCACGAUUCUGGACAGAGUGUUGUAGUGCUGGAGGCCAGGGAUCGAGUAGGUGGAAGAACCUUUACCGUAAGAAAUAAACAUGUUAAAUAUGUGGACCUUGGAGGAGCCUAUGUUGGGCCAACCCAGAAUCGUAUAUUAAGAUUAGCUAAAGAGCUGGGAUUGGAGACCUACAAAGUGAAUGAAGUAGAACGUCUCAUCCACCAUGUCAAGGGCAAAAGUUAUCCCUUCAGAGGUCCAUUUCCUCCUGUAUGGAACCCCAUCGCAUUCUUAGAUCAUAAUAACUUAUGGAGAACGAUGGACGAAAUGGGAAAGCAGAUUCCAAGUGAUGCUCCUUGGAAAGCGCCUCACGCGGAAGAAUGGGAUUUCAUGACAAUGAAGGAACUUUUGGACAAGAUCUGCUGGACUGAAUCUGCCAAACAGCUUGCCAUACUCUUUGUGAAUCUCUGUGUCACUGCUGAGACGCAUGAAGUCUCUGCUCUCUGGUUCCUGUGGUAUGUGAAGCAGUGUGGGGGCACAACCAGAAUUAUUUCAACAACCAAUGGAGGACAGGAAAGGAAGUUUAUUGGAGGUUCUGGUCAAGUUAGUGAGAGGAUAAUGGAACUUCUUGGAGACCGAGUAAAGCUGGAAAGGCCUGUAGUUCAUAUUGAUCAGACAGGUGAUAAAGUUAUUGUGGAGACUCUGAACCAUGAAAUAUAUGAGGCCAAAUAUGUCAUUAGUGCUAUUCCUCCAACAUUGGGUAUGAAGAUUCAUUUUAACCCACCCUUACCAAUGAUGAGAAACCAGUUGAUUAGUCGUGUUCCUUUGGGUUCGGUCAUCAAAUGUAUGGUAUAUUACCAAGAACCUUUUUGGAGGAAAAAGGAUUACUGUGGAACCAUGAUCAUUGAAGGGGAAGAAGCUCCAAUUGCUUUCACUCUAGAUGACACCAAGCCUGAUGGUACUUAUGCUGCCAUAAUAGGAUUUAUUCUUGCCCACAAAGCAAGAAAACUGGCACGUCUAACCAAAGAAGAAAGGAAGAAGAGACUCUGUGAACUCUAUGCAAAAGUUCUGGGAUCAAAAGAAGCACUCAAUCCUGUGCAUUAUGAAGAGAAGAACUGGUGUGAGGAACAGUACUCAGGAGGGUGCUACACAACUUACUUCCCCCCAGGAAUAAUGACUCAGUAUGGGAGGAUUCUUCGCCAGCCAGUUGGCAGGAUUUAUUUUGCCGGAACGGAGACUGCUACUCACUGGAGUGGAUAUAUGGAAGGAGCGGUGGAGGCGGGAGAGAGGGCAGCUAGAGAGGUUCUGCAUGCUAUGGGGAAAAUUCCAGAGGAUGAAAUCUGGAAGCCAGAACCAGAAUCUGUGGAUGUGCCAGCCCGGCCAAUCACCACCACCUUUUUGGAGAGGAACUUGCCUUCUGUGCCAGGACUUCUGAGACUGAUUGGAUUAUCUACAUUCUUGACUUCAGCAGGCACUCUUAUCUUCGCCUAUAAAAAGGGGCUCCUCCUGAGAAACUGAAAAGGCCCCCAGACAACAUUACACACUUCCUUUUCAGGGAGAUUUAGAGCACUUAGACACCCCAUUACAGAAACUGGAUUAUUGGGUGGUUGUUUUGUUUUGGGAUUGUUGUUUUUUCAGUUCCAACACCUAACUGCCAAUGCUAUCAAGUCUUCUACUUGGCUUCUGAAGCCUCCCUUCAAAUCUGUCUCAUCAGUUUCCUUGUUCGCUACUUCUCAGACUUUAGUGGAGAAAAUUCAUUCCCUGUGCCCUGCUUCUCACUACCUUUGUGACCAUUUUUUCUUAACUGCUCUCUCCUUCCUUCUCCCACCUUCUCUCACAGACCCAUAGAGAGGGAAGAAACAUUAGCCUUAAUCCAGUCAACCUCUUUAUUGUGCAGAAGAAGAAACAGAGACCCAAAGAGGGGAAGGAACCUGCUUACGAGGUCACAAGGCAACUCACUUGUUGGUACAAUCAUGAGUCUCUCCUGAUUCCUACAUUCAGUUCUCAUUCCAUGAUGCCUCUACUCAAAACCUUAUCCAAGGAAGUACUUGGCGAUAACCCCAGCUCACUAGCAUACUCUUUACUUUGUUCCCUGGGUGCCUACGUACUGUGUGCUCUCUUAAUUCACUUGAUUUAUAUGUUAUUCUCUGUAUGUACCCCCAUUCUUACCUUGUGUACCCUCCAACCUGAGAGUGGAUAAUUUCCUAUUAUGAAAUGCUUAUGUGCAGUAAUCAGUGCUAAUUGACCAUUCAAUAAACCUUGUUCACCAAAUCCA